AUGGAUCAUUUCAGACCGCAGGUCAUCCAAGACAAUCCGAUCGGGGCCGGCCUCGACACCUUUCGCGAUUCAUUCAUCGCAACUUGUCAAAGACUAGGAGUUUCGCCCUCCACUGAGGUCCUUAAUAUCAAAAACCUUGCUCUUGAUUUAGUUUCCGCCCUUCAAAAUCUUCCUGCCUCCCGCAAGCUAUCUUCCAACACUGGUCGAGGGUCCUUUUCCGGUGACCUUUCUAGAUUCUACGCCCAGAUCGAUUCUGAACAAUUUGACGCCAAUUCUAUCAUUCCUCUCCUGCGAGAUGUUAUUAACGGAGCCCCGGACAAAACUCUGUUCGCGAAGGCCUAUGCUACUCUCACUGAGUCUACGCCACCACCUUGUCCCACUAUUGUCAACUCAUCCGAGCAGAGACAAUAUAUGGAUGACUUGCUAAAGGAAGAGAUGGGGCCUCUAUAUGUUGGCAUACCCGGUUUCUACGAAACGUUUUACGGGAAGAUCCCCGACUUGGAAGAGAAUGCUGUAGCUAUGUUUGACAAAUCCCCAAUCUCAACACGAGGUCCCCUGAUACGACCAAACAAAGCCCUGGAAGGCUCUAGAGCUAAUCGCAAGCCAGACAUUGGCUUUGUGGAUGACCUCAAUGCCGCCGAAGACGCUGUAUACCAUUGGUCGCAGAUUCUUGUGCCUGAAGAGCUAAAAAGUAAUCCCGCAUUUGAUAUGGCCACCAAGACAUGGUUCGAUCUAGCGAGAUAUGUUCGAGAGGUCCUCGCCGCUUAG